AUGGAAGAGAAGCAGCAAGAGAAGUUUUUGGAGGAACUGGGGUUGGAUCACCACUACAGAGAGAAGCUGUCCCUAAGCACACUUCUGAGGAUUGACCAGAAGACCUUUACAGAUGAACCUGCCAAAUGUAAUCCAGAUCUUCCAUGGUAUUUUCUGAAGAAACUAAUGAUGGUUAAUGUGACAGCUAGGAAUGUGAAAUAUACACCUGCACACGAGUCCAACUGUGAGGAUCACACAGAUGGUCUUGAUGACCUAGACGAAAAAACACAUUCAGGUGAAACACUGAAUCCCCUUGACAUAAUCACUGCUCUCUUCCUGUGCUCUGAUGGUUUUGUACAGCAGGAAAUGGCCCUCAAAAUGUCCAUGUGUCAGUUUUCCGUGCCUCUGUUGCUUCCCAACUGUGACACAAAGCAGUGCACACUCAUGCUUUGGGCCAUGAGAGACAUUGUUAAAAAGUACAGACCUCGGUCCCUUGUAGAAUCCAAGGGAUUUAUUGAAGAGAGAAUUGUUGUCUCUAAACUUCCAAUGAUAUCUUUUGUGAGACUGGGUGAGUGCUCUUUGUCCAAGUCAGAGAUCCUCAAUAAGCUUCUGAGCAAUUCUCAGCAGAACCAUGACACCUUUGUUCACCGUAACAUGGAGGGUGGUGACAGUCCAAGGAGAAUAUCCAAUGGAUUGGUUGAAAUGACUUGGUACCUCCCUUGUGGGAACAAAAACCUGGACGUCUUCAGCGAGCCAGUUGCUGUAGCUAACCUUCGUGGGGACAUUGCUUCAUUUGAAACACAAUUUUCUUUCUUGUGUCAGACAUCUGCAGCAGUUUUUGUCUUCUUUGAUGCUUUGGAAGCUGAGUGUGAGCUGCUAACCAACCAACAACACAAGGCACAGAUCUUCUUGGUGGGCAACCGUCAAAGCAAAGAUUUCAAAUUAGAUGCUGUAAAAAAGGUAGCAACCAAGUUGAGCUUAACCAAGAGCAACAUCCUUUUGAAAGAUAAGCACAUAAAUGAUGCAAACUUUGUCAAAGAUUUGCGGGAAAAAGUCAGCAAUGCAUUUGAAAACACAAAGGUGAAGAGGGGAAUUGAGAAGAUGUCUGACAUUGCCCAUGAACACGGAAUCUCUGUUGAUGAAGACUCUCCAGACUGCCAGAAUGCGAAGAAAAACUCAGAUGCCAUCACUGCAGAAAUUCAAGACCUUCUUGAAUACAAAGAAGCUCAGCUUCCUUUGCAAGGACAAAUAUGGAAAGACCUCACUUGCUUAGAGAAGGAAGAAUUCCGGCUUCGGAAAGUUGGGUCUGAAAAAAAUAUAGAAAAGUACAAAAGUGAUCUUCGGCUACAGAAAAAAGAACUUCGGAAAAAACAGAACUCUCAGGACAUGUCAAAGGCAAUGACAUGUUUCAUCAAUGCAAUAUCAAGCCCAGGGAUAGAGAGGUGCUAUUUCCUGAAAUGGAUGCGAAUGAACCUCGAUAACGUGUCUCGGGAAAAACUCUUUGACCUCAGGGAGCAGUACAAAGAAAAAUGCAAAAACCCUGAGAACAAAGAGGAUAUCAAGGAGAUUGAGAAACAACUUUCCAACAGCUCAUUAGGGACUGAACACUUCUUCCGUGAAAUGGGCCAGAUCUAUGAAGCUUCCCUAUUGCUUCCUGAAACAGACCCAGCACGUCAACAACUGCAGCAUCUCCCCAAGCUAUGUGCAGAAUUAAUGCUUGCUGGAUUUCCACUUGAGCUUGUAGAUGGAGAAGCAUCCAACAUACCUCUCAGAUGGGUGAGUGAUGUUCUCUCUCAGCUCAAUGACUUGGUGUCUCCUAAGAACAAGAUCCUGGUAGUCACAGUUCUUGGAGUUCAGAGCACAGGAAAGUCCACUCUCCUCAACACCAUGUUUGGAGUGCAGUUUGCAGUCAGCAGUGGUCGAUGCACUCGAGGUGCCUUUAUGUUGCUGAUUCAAAUCAAUGAAGAUGUCAGAAAAGACCUCAACUGUGACUUCAUAGUGAUCAUUGACACUGAGGGCUUAAAGUCACCAGAACUCGCACAACUGGACAAUAGCCACGAGCACGACAAUGAGCUUGCAACACUUGUUGUGGGGCUGAGUGAUAUCACCAUCAUCAAUGUUGCAAUGGAGAAUUCAACAGAAAUGAAGGACAUCCUACAGAUAGUUGUACACACUUUCCUCAGGUUGACAGAGGUGGGAAAAAAGCCCAAAUGUCAGUUUGUUCACCAGAAUGUGUCCGAUGUUUCAGGCCAUGACAAGAGCCUGAGAGACAGGAAACUGCUCCUGAAGCAGUUAAACGAGAUGACCCAGGCAGCAGCCAAAAUGGAAAAGAAAGAAAUGUACUCGAGCUUCACUGAUGUGAUGGAGUACAGUCCAGACACUGGAAACUGGUACAUUCCUGGACUCUGGAAUGGAAACCCACCGAUGGCACCAGUCAAUGCAGUUACACAAGCUGAAAAAAGAAUCUCCAACUUCGGUACACCUGCUGAUAAAUCGAACAAAUCUGACAUGAGAGAACUUCUCAUGCUAUUGAGAAGCGAAGCUUUGAUAGAGCUGUCUGAAUGGGAGACAAAGCUUCUUGGAAAUCUGGAACAGUACUUCAAGGAAAAAGAGAGUCAUGUCUAUCUUGUUGAAGGAUACAGACAGGAGUUUAAAAACAGUGCAAUGAGCCUUCAAGGAGAAAUGGAAAGGUCUGUGUUUAAUCAACUCACAGCAGCAGCUGACAUCAGAAAGGGGAUGACAGAACUUGAUAGAAUCAAGGAGAACCACACAAAGGAAUUAGAGGGCAAAGUUUGUGCAUUGAUUGAAGAAUGUAGGAAGAAAAACAUCAAGAUGAAAGAGGAAGAGCUGGACAAAGAAUUUGACAAGAUGUGGACUCAAACAGUGACUCACCUAUCCUGUUCAGAAUUGAAGGUUGAGGACAUUUUCACCAGUGUGUCUCACUGCCUGAGAACACAUCUAAGACAAAAGGGAAGUCAAGCGAGUUAUUUGUUGAGUAACAAAACCCUGGAAGAGUGUGGACGGUUGCCUUUUAAAUAUACAGCUGAAGGAAUUAAGCGAUUUAUAGACCUAGUCAGUGCUCAAAGUCACACAAAGGCUGUACAACAAACAGCUGACAGCAUCAUUACAGUUUGCUCAGAGAUGAUGACUGACAAAAUGCAAAGAAAGAGUCAUUACCAUGAUACCUACAUAAAGGAGAUUCUAAAGAUGAUUGAUGAGAAGCUGCAAAACAAUCAGGAAGUUGACAUCAUUGAAGUCUCUCUGAAACUGCACAUCUGUGGAGACGCAGCCAGAAGGUUUCAGAAAAUGCAUGAAGAUUUCAUCCAUGAGAAUGAUCCCUACAGAUGUCUGAACGAAAACAAAGAAACGUUUCGUUCUGAUUUUAAAGAUGUGUUCCCUCAUGUAGUCCAGUGCCAGAAGAAAGCAGAAGAAUUCACAGACCGAUGCUUGAAGCCUGCAGUCGAAGACUUUGUCAACCGUUCCCUGGGUCCUGAUAUCAUUGGUGAAAUGAAGACAAGUGAGCAGUUCAGCACAAGAAUGUCCUUCCAGUAUUCAGUUUUACUGGAUCUGCUCUCAGAGGAUGACUUUAAAAAGUACCUGAGCUUUAUUUGCUCCUAUGAGAAAUAUGUAAAGAAUUGGAUACUCAACAAAAUAGUGGAACGCUUCUCAAAUGGGUCUACGAUGUUCGAGGAACAACAUCUCCAGUCAUGUGUCUACAGCAUAAAUACUGCUAUCCAGAAAGCUCAAACAGAAAAGAGUCUCAACUUGAAGUCAUUUGUUGACGUUGUCUGUCAGGAGCUUGGUGACAAACUGGUCAUUUCCCAGGAUGCUCUUGGUAAAUUCAUGAUCCUGAACAAUGCCAAUCAGGAACAGUUUGCUCACAGGCUCACGGAGUGUGUGAAGGAGAUGGCACAAGCUCUUAGAGAGAAGUUUAAGGAAACAAACAUCAAAACUAAACUACAGAACCUUCUGGUGAAACCUCAGAACGAGCUUUUCAACACACUGAUUGGAUGUGGUGAACAGUGUCCGUUCUGCCAAGCGCCCUGUGAUGCAGGAGGAAGAGCCCACAAGGAGCACUUCACUUUACUUCAUCGUCCAAAUGGUCUGGUUCAAUACAGAUCGGAAGAGACACAAAAACUUGUGAUUGACUUAUGUUCUUUCUCUGUGAACAGUGACAAGCGUUUUCGCUGCAGUGCUUCAAAGGGUGAAUGGCAUCCUUACAAGUCUUACAGAGACAUUUAUCCGGACUGGAAAAUCCCACCAGAUGCAAGCCUCCAGGCAUCAGACUACUGGAAAUAUGUAAUGGCAAAGUUCAAUGAUGAGUUUGCAGCAGCAUACGAUGCAAAGCCUGCUGAUAUUCCUCCAGGUUGGAAAGAAAUCACAAAGGAGGAAGCAGAGGCAAGCCUCAAAGAGGCAUUUUCUAUCAAAUGAGAAACUACAAGCUUUGUGCUCACAGAGGGUCACGUCCUCCUCAUUACAGUCAUCAUCCUCUCAUGGAUAUUUAGAUUACACUUGAUUCAUAUGAAGAGAAGCACACAGAGUAACAUGCUGUUUGUGAGAAGGCAAGGUUGACCAUAUAUUUUCCCCACAACAACUUACAAGGAACUUGUAAAUGUUUCAGUUUGAUUAAAUCAGACUUUGUGUCCUACUUCUUUGGUUGUUAUUGUCGUAUCAAUUAAUCAAAUCCGAUUUGAUUAAGUGUUUUUAUUUCCUUAAAGUAACUGAUGCAAAAAUAUUUGCUUUUAUGUUUUUCUGUGUUUUUGUCAUAAACACAUUAACAAUUUCAAUGUUUUAAAAUAUCAUUCAGUCUUCAUGUCAACAUGAAGAUUGGACAAUGUCUUUAUUUUUAUUUCAAAUAAGUAUCUGGCUCUUAUUAUUAACAUUUUUAUUGACACAUUUAGAAUUGUUGUCUUUUCAUUUCUGAGCUGCAUCAAAAGCCACACAUUUACAUUUUUAAAUCAGUUAAUGAAUCAUUGUGUUUUAGUGGUGGUACAGUCAACAUGUAAACAUGACAGAAAGUCUGCUGUAAUCAAGUUAAGUUUGAUAUGUGACCGUUUCCCAGAGAGGUAGAAUAUAUUCUUAUUUAGUUUCUGUGAAUACAUAUAAACAUCAGUUACAAAUAUUUACAUAUUCAAUGUUUAAAAUAUCAUUCAAUCUAAAUGUCAACAUGUAGAUCAUACAUGUAUUUUCUUCUUACCUUAUUGAGUGCUAUUCCAAUACGUAUAUAACUCCAAAUAUUUACAUUUUUAUGUUCGUGUUAUUAUAUUGACUCAAAAUGUAUUAUGUUACUUUUCGUUUUGGGCUGCAUCAAAUGCCACAUUUUAACAUGUUUAAAUCAGUAAAAGGAUAAUUUAGUUCAUAUUCAGCAUGUCAACAUGACAACAAGUUUGAAUCAAGUUAAGGAUGAUAUGUGAUUGUUUUCCAGAAGGUUAUAAUCUAUUAGAUUUUGUUGUUGAAAGAUAUUUCAGUCUAAAUGUCAACAUGUAGGUUAUCCUUCAGGUUGUUUUUCUUUCCUAUUCGAGUAUGAUAUGUCAUUUCCUUAGCUCAAAAUCUGUUACGACUUUAUUUUUUAUCAACUUAGUAUCUGAUAUCACAUAUUUACAUUUAUUAACACUUAAAAGAUCAUUCAAUGUAAAAGUGCUAUUGUCAACAAGUAAACAUGACAACGUUUGUUUUAAUCAAGUUCAGCAUCAUAUGAUCUUUCUUUUACUCAGAGAUUAUAAUCUUUUGUUUCUGUGAAGUAUCUGAUUCUUUAUAUUUACGUAAUAAAAAAUAUAAUUCAUUCUUUAUAUUGUUAACAUGUAUACUGACCACUGUUUACUAUUUCAAUAAAGAGACCAAAUCUGCA